AUGCCUAAAGAACAUAAAAAGAAAAAGAAUAAGGGAAAAAAGAGAGACAGGGAAGCUCAUUCGACUGAUUUGAAAAAUCAGAUGGAACCAAGCAACCCUGGUCAAAAGAUUUACUUACGAUUGAAAAUUCAGACAAACCCAAACAAGAUCGGGGAGUCAUCAUCAAACAUAAAUACCGGGGAAAGUUUAGCAACAACAGAUCCUGAAGUUAACAGCCAAUCUAAUAAUGAAACAAAUGUCACUUCAGAUCAACAGCCCAAAAAUUUCUUACGACUUAAAUUAUCAGGCCCAAAAGAUGUGUUUGAGGUCAUCGCUGAAAGGAAUGCGAAGAAACGACGAUACGCAACACGCAUUUCAGAAGAACAGGAAGAGCAAACUUCGAAUGACGAAGACGAAGGUAACGGAACUACACCCACAAGUAAUCCUAACUUCACAAGAAUUGUUCCAAUCAGCCGACAGGAUAAGAGAAGGGUGUAUCAACAAUCUGAAGAGUCUAGAGCGUACCAAAGGGAAUAUCAACGAUCAUACCGUCAAAACAGGACUAAUAGUAUUCCUGAAGAGAUUCCUUCUUGGGAAAGCACCAGAAGAACAUUCGAAAAAAGUAUAAGG